AUGUCUUACCUACCGCCAGGAUGGACCCUGGAGCGACUUCAAACAGCAACAGUCGAUGAUCUACGCCAAAUACCAGAGGAAAGACUCCAUGAGAUUGACGAAAGUUUAAUUCCCUUCGAAAAUGUUCCAGUCCGACAAGUCAUUGGCCGUGCAAUCCAUAACGAACACCGACGAAGAGUUCGCGCAGAUCGCGGCCUGCCGCCUGCUCCCGGGGUACCGCUUUUUGAAAAGAACGACGAUCCAGUGGUGGAGGUAGUAGAAAGAGGAGGAUUUGACGAUUUUGGAUUUAUCGUUUUUCGGACCGAUUACUCAGACGAAGGACGCUGGGAGCAGUGGCAGAAAGAGUUCCAUCGCAUUAUUGACGCCUCGAUGGCGAGUGCUAGUGGGGGAAAGAAAAUUGAAGACAAAUGCCUCUUACUAAACUAUGAAGACGAGGAUAUUGCUGGUGCUACUUAUGGGCAGAUUUUACAAGAAUACUCUGAGUACCAAGAGACUGAAAGUAUCCCUGAGGGACUUGAUACUGGUAUGUGCCUGGUUGUCGACUCAGCUGCUAUGGACUCUAUAACAUCCGACAAGCCGUGGGUAUAUGCAUUGGACUUGUCAUUCGAUCAUGCCAGUAAGAGUCCACUCGCAGAUGGAGCCUAUCCAGGCUACUUCCGAGUUGCCGUCGACUCUGUAAUCACGGAGCUCUACCCUUUGCUCACAGCAAUGACACCUCCGGAGCUUUGGCCUUCGGACAACACAAUAUGGGAAUCCGCGUUUUAA